CUAAUGGAUAAGAUUCACGAUGGACGACAAGAACGCAGAGGGCUGGGUCUCUCUGCUAAGGGAAGCAAAUCAACUUUCCUUAAACGAAUGAACGUGGUCAAAUUACCUACACCAGAAGUUCCAGACCCGAUCACUAGUCAGUCCGAUGAGUUAGUCGAUGCCAUGGUUGCAUCAUUUAUUGAGCCCGUCAAUGACGCUGGUAUGAUCACUAGAACAAAGGCAGCCUUAUAAACCUCUAUUGACGAUAAUCCCUUGUACAUUGAUAAUGUACAUACGAGGGAAGCCUUUUUGUCAGAAAUUAUCACGCCAUGCGGUUUGCCGACACACGCCAGGAGAGAGUGGAGCUUAUCAAAAAGAUAGAGCGUCUUGACGAGGAGUUGAAGAAGUUGAGACUAGACCACGAUGAAGUUCAUGCGGAGCAUCGAGAAGCGAUAGCAGGACACCGAGAAGCGAUACAGCGCAUCGAAGAUAUAACAGGUGGCGUUGGAGAGUUACGCAAUCUAUUCUUCGACGUGUACAAGAAAAACCAAAUGGACCAGGAGAAACGGCUGAACGCGUUACACUGGUCAGACAACCCUUGGAUUCGCAAAACGGAACAAACCGUUGAACGUGACUGCAAGAGGGACGCAGAACUUCCCUACUAUAGACAUAUUGCUAAUGCGUAUAUAGAAUACGAACCAACAAUUCGUACCCUCAACAAACAUGCGUCGAUUCUCAGUUCCCCGUUCAUGAAAACUUCUCCGAGGUUUGAUGAACUUUGGCGUCACUUUAUUGAUACACUUGCGGAGUCGGACUACCCCGAAAGAUACUAG